UGUGUGUGUAUAAGAAACAGUAUAUUGAUAAAAAAUUUCCCAAAUCAAAAGAGAGAUUGGGUUGAAAAAAAGUAAAGGAUUUCUAAUCAUCUUGUUAUCCUAUAACGAAAACGAACAUAAAUAUUGAAAUUGAAAUGGAAAAAGAGAGGCUAGAGAAUCUGUUGAUAAGUUUAUCUGUAUCCGAGGUAUCUAUUCGGUUUGUACUAUAAUACCUUGUUUUGACUGUAUCGCACUAUGUAUCAUUUGAUAACCCCAAAAAUCCUCUACCUUUCAUUUAAAUAGAAUUUCAAAUGGAGAAAUUCCAAAGCUAUUUAGGGCUAGAUAGAUCUCAACAACACCACUUCUUAUAUCCACUUAUCUUUCAGGAGUAUAUUUAUGUACUUGCUCAUGAUCAUGGUUUAACUUGAUCGAUUUUGUUGGAAAAUGCAGGUUAUGAUAAUAAAUCCAGCUUACUAAUUGUGAAACGUUUAAUCAAUCGAAUGUAUCAACAGAAUCAUUUGAUUCUUUCGGUUAAUAAUUCUAAACAGACUCCAUUUUUGGGGCACAACAAGAAUUUUUAUUCGCAAGUAAUGUCCGAGGUCUCUUCAAUCAUUAUGGAAAUUCCAUUGUCUCUGCGAUUAAUAUGUUACCUAGAAAGGAAAGGGGUAGUCAAAUUCGAUAAUUUACGAUCAAUUCAUUCAAUAUUUUCUUUUUUAGAGGACAACUUUUCACAUUUAAAUUAUGUAUUACAUAUACUAAUACCUUACCCAGCCCAUCUGGAAAUCUUGGUUCAAGCUCUUCGCUAUUGGAUAAAAGAUGCUUCCUCUUUGCAUUUAUUAAGAUUCUUUCUCCAUGAGUGUCAUAAUUGAGAUAGUCUGAUUACUUCAAAUUCAAAGAAUGCCAGUUCUUCUUUUUCGGCUUUCAGGGACUAG